CACACAGACGCAGACAAACUCAAGCUCACAGCUCUGCCUUUCUCCACAGAGCACUCUCUCUGCCCAGGAUUUUCUUCGGCCAGCCUUCUCUUUAACAAGCCCAGCCCUCUCUCUCCAUCACCUAGCUCUCUCUCCGCCUAGCCCCCUCUCCCUUGUGCUGGUUUUGUCUCGGAGAUUUGGGUUUUUUUUGGUGGGUCUCGAGCACAAAAAUUGGCAGGGAUUGUAAUGGGGAUUUCUUGGUGGAUUGUUUGGGUUUUUUUGUGGUUGUUGUAGAUCGUGGGUGCGUGGGGUUUGUAGGUCGGUGAUGGUGGUUUGUGGGUCGGUGAUGGUAGAUCGUGGAUCGGUGAUGGUGGUUUGUGGGUUGGUGAUGGUAGAUCGUGGGUCAGUGAUGGAAGAUCGUGGAUGCUAUGGUGGUGGUUUUUGGGUCGGUGAUGGUAGAUCUUGGGUCGGUGAUGGUAGAUCGUGGAUGCUAUGGUGGUGGUUUUUGGGUCGGUGAUGGUGGUUUUUAGGUCAGUGAUGGUGGUUUUUGGGUUCCGAUUUGCAGAAUAUAGGCAACGGAUAUUCAUGAGAUGCUAGUGCUCCAACUCAGAACUCUCUUUCUUGCAGUCUCGACUCUCCAGCCGAAGCUACUGCACAGCUCACCACCCGCCAGUCUGCCGAAAAAUCACCACAAUUUGAUUUUGAGGGAGACUGAGAGAGUUCUUACUCUUCAAUCAUUCACCGAGAAGGAGUUUAAGCUAUGCAAAGUUUGCUCUGUGCAGUUUGGGCAAAAAGGUAUGCCAUACCUGAACACCUUUGAUGGACGAACCAUCCGCUACCUGGACCCUUUAAUCAAGGCCAACAACACAAUCAAGCUGGACCUGGAGAGCCAAAAGAUCACUGAGUUCAUCAAGUUCGAUGUUGGGAAUGUAGUCAUGGUGACAGGUGGAAGGAACAGAGGACAAGUUGGAGACAUCAAGAACAGGGAGAAGCGUAAGUGGACUUUUGAGACUGUCCAUACUCAGGAUGCCACGGGGCAUGAAUUCGCAACUCGUUUGGGCAAUGUGUUCACUAUUGGCAAGGGGACAAAACCAUGGGUAUCCCUUACCUUAGGUAAGGGUAUUAAGCUAACCAUCAUUGAAGAGGCCAGGAAGAGGCUUGGAGCCCAAACAGUAUCCACAGCAUAAGAUAUUAUGGAGGAGAACAAAAUCCUGGACAAAAUGCAUUGGCAGAAGGUUGCAGAGGUUGAAAAGCUAACCCAAACUGUUCAUGAGCUUGAGGAGGCUGUUUUGGCUGGUGGUGGUGCCGCCAAUGCUGUGCGUGAUUAUCAAAGAAAAGUGCAAGAGAUGAAUGUAAUGACUGUUACCUUUGGAAUUUUCAGUUCUACAAAACAACUGGUAGUCGUUUCGAAUGUGUUAGAAAUCCUCCAAAUUGCUUCUAAUCUUCAAGCUUGAAUAGGAGGA